GCGUGGAUGGUGCUCGACAAGAACAUGGAGAUAGGUAUGGAACCAAACGCUCGGUGACUGCGAAAGUUCGGCCGAAGCUGGGGUUUUAAGUGGUGCUCUGUGUGCCCAUUACUAGCGCGCGAAAGCCGCCAAGUGCCCGCGGCGCAACGGCGACAGCGUAUCGCACGUGAGAUAACCAGAGCAAUGACGGCCCACUAUUGGCUGAUCCGGAUAGUAGGUCGCGGCGCGGCGCUGCUGAAGUUGGUCCCUUGGGCUGCAGCUUCGUCCCGUCCUACAUACGGGAAGUACACCGGUCCCUCCUUCCGGCCCAACAGGAGAUUAUCUUUGGGAGGACUGCCGCUUUUAGGCGAGUAUUUCGCCAACAGGCAGUCUCUCGUCCAACUUUCCUUCCCUUCACUAGCAUUUCCCUGGGUCGUUGGCAGCAAUGUCGUCCUCUAGCGGCGCGGCGGUUACUAUCGACCGCGGUUAUUUUGAUACCCUCAUGCGAAGAGCACAGUUUAAUACCGAACAUGCCAAUUACAAUGGGCACUCGUCUUCCGUGGUCAUUUCGCGGGCCGAAUAUGACAGUCUCACCUCGAUCGCGAAACAAUACGUUGGGCGGCCCGGCGAGAGACGUGUUAACGAAUGGCAGCUUCUCAGCCAGGAUGACGAGACGAUACAGACGGGGCAUUCUCAGGCGACCCCGGCGCCAGUGCCCGACCCCAACGAAGACGGAGGUGCGCGGCUGCACGCAUGCACACAGCCCUCUGCUAGUGCCACGGGCCAGCAGAAAGCAGUGUCACACGCCACCCCGCACGGUCGGUAUCACGAGCGCUCCACGUGGGCUGAUGGCGAUGUAGACGAAGACGGAGACGAAGACGAAGAGAAUGCUGUAAGCGACACGGAGUCGCAUAUCGAAGGUCCUCCUGGCGCCAACUACGCCAAGCCCCUCGCUCAGCGGCCGCAGUUUGAGCGGCAAUGUGCCCGCACGAUUCAGCUUUGCAACUUGGCGGACGGCACCACGCAUGCGGAUAUCACGGAUGUGGUGCGUGGUGGCAUGCUUCUGGAUAUCUUCGUACGGACUCACGAGCGCUCUGCUGCAAUCUCUUUCCUCCACUCGGCGGACGCCAAGAGAUUCUACGAUCAUGUCCGGCGGCAUGAUCUGUAUAUCAGGAACAAGAGGGUCGAGGUCAAGUGGAGCGACCGCCAGUUCGUACUUCCCGGUCAUGUCGCAAGCAAGAUUGCCAUGGGCGCCAGCCGUAACCUUGUCAUUAUGGGUUACGAUAAUAGGCAUACCGAAGAGAUCAUCCGCGAGGAUCUGGACCAUAUCCACAACCUGGUAGUGGUCAAGGUGGAAUUCACGGGCGGCAACUGCUACAUCGGCCUCAACUCGGUCCACAAUGCCAUCAAUGCGAGACAGUGCAUGCUGAGCCGCUGGCGGUAUAAAGGCAAGAAGAUCAACUACGACGUCGAUGAGUGCGCUCAGCCGUACCCGCAGCCGGCACCCAAGAUCCGUAAGGAAGUGGCGCCACCUAAGAAGCCGCUUGCGGCAAUUCACAACCGUUUCCAUCUCCUGAAUAUCGAUGAUGGCGAAGAAGAUGACAUCGCGGCAACGUUUCAAUCGAAGAAGUCGGUGGGCAUCGUAGCCUAG